AUGAGGCCCUGGGCAGCGCUGCUGGCCUUGUGGCUGGUGCUGAGGCCUGCAGCCGGGCAGGUGCCCAACCUACCGGGCAUUAGGGAUAGGGGUUUCAUUAGGGAGUGCGUGCAGGUCCACAACAGCUUGCGCAGCGGUGUCCAGCCUUCCGCCAGCAACAUGCGGUACAUGAGUUGGGAUGCAGCUUUGGCAAGGACCGCGAGGGCCUGGGCAAAGAGAUGCAUUUUCGAGCACAAUACCUACCUGAGUGAGGGGCAUCAGGGCCACCCCAAUUUCACAUCUAUUGGAGAGAAUCUGUGGGCUGGAACUUACCAAGCCUUCAAUGUUUCCAGUGCCAUUAACGCAUGGUAUGAUGAGGUGGGGUCCUAUAACUUUGCCACGCAGAAAUGUACUAAAGUUUGCGGUCAUUACCUUCAGGUUGUUUGGGACUACUCCUAUAAAAUUGGCUGUGCUGUUACUUACUGUAAGGAAGUUGCAGGAAUCCCAGACGCAGCAUAUUUUGUUUGCAACUACUCGCCAUGUGGUAAUCUGCCAAGAAAACCAUAUCUAGAAGGAAGAGCCUGCAGUAAAUGUGACAAAGGAGACACCUGUGAAAAUAACCUGUGCAGAAAUCUGAGACGUGAUAAAAUCAUCUAUUACCCACGGUGGUACCCUCCUUGGGAGUCCAGUGACGGAGCGUGUGACAGAGCCUGUGCCAUUGUCAUCACUUUGAGAGCACUGCUGCUGGUUCUUACUCCUGUGGCUGUUUAUUGUGUCCAAAAGUUCUGUACAAGCUUGCAUAUGUGUGCCUAA